AUGGAACGCGCCGGAUCGAACCUUGUUCCUAGGGUUGCCCAGAAAUCGCCUCUCUCUCGGGACUUCGGGGGUAUAACCAUGGCGUCAAAAAAGACCAAGCAAACAGAGGAUAAAGGGCGUGACGUGAUGAUCCUCCUCUUCCUCCUCCAUACCCCGCCAUGCUCAGCAGGCGGACGCUGGCACGGGGUUUUGCCAAAGCGCCAGCAGGGAGUUAAAACCCGGACCAACAAAUCAGCCAGCGUGAUGGGCGGCUGGACGGGAGGCCAGGGAUGGCCAGGGAUGGCCCCUCCCUCAUUGCGGAUGACCAGUGUCGUACGCCAAUCACCCGCCCCAGUCACGGCAAGGAGCCCCAGCAAAGAGCCACUCUGGGCGUUGCCUCACCUCCCGGGUUUUGGCAUGGACUGA